GAAGCAGCCGGCGCGUUAUCGUAGAGUUGUAAUGAUAUCCUUCACCACACCCUGAGGAUCGUGUGAGGCUUGCGUGUUUAUUGCCGAGGCUCUGUGGCCGCAGUCCUUAGCGUGAAGUGUGCGUUAGAGUGUUAUGUGCGGCAUUUAAAGAGUGCGAAGUGCGUGCGUUCUGUGUUGUGAGCCGGACAGCGGUGGCACAUUGAUGGGAAGCUUUACGAGUGGGGGGACGGCGGCGGAGCGGCCGCAGCGGCGGAUUUUUGCUUCCUGGAGGGUCUACGAUAUAAUCCGCCACACUGGAACUGAUGGAAUUAGAGAACAUCGUCGCCAACACAGUUUACUUGAAAGCCAGAGAAGGUGGUUCCGAUAGCAACAAGGGGAAGAGCAAGAAGUGGCGAAAGAUCCUUCAGUUCCCGCACAUAUCACAAUGUUUAGAUAUAAAAACAAAAAUAGAAGUAGGCUACGACUACGUGGUGGAUCAGCAGCCAAUCGGCAAGCUGCUGUUCCGCCAGUUCUGCGAGAAGAACCGCCCGCACUACCACAAGUACAACAACUUCUUAGAUGCGGCGGAACGGUAUGAAGUGGAGGUCGACGAGUCACGCGUGGCGCUCGCGACGGAAUUGUUCGGCCGGUAUCUGAAGACGGAGGACGCCGCGGGGGUCACUGAUGUCGUCACUCCCGCGGUUGUUGAGGACACCAGCACACUUAUAGACAGUGGUUCCAGAGAUAUAUUCGCAGAAUGCAUAAGAUGCGUGAAGAGCUUCCUGGCUGGCACGCCGUUUGCGGAGUUCGAACGGUCCAUGUACUUUCACCGAUACUUGCAGUGGAAGUGGCUCGAGGCCCAGCCGGUCACUCAGCACACCUUUCGCAUGUACCGGGUGUUGGGCAAGGGCGGCUUUGGCGAAGUUUGCGCUUGUCAGGUUAGAGCAACAGGUAAAAUGUACGCAUGCAAAAAACUGGAAAAGAAGCGUAUAAAGAAACGCAAAGGCGAGGCGAUGGUGUUGAUCGAGAAGCAGAUAUUGCAAAGGAUCAAUUCGCGGUUCGUCGUCAACCUCGCGUACGCCUACGAGACCAAGGACGCGCUGUGUCUUGUCCUUACUAUUAUGAAUGGCGGGGACUUAAAGUUCCACAUCUACAACAUGUGCGGCGCGGAUACCGGCCUCGGGUUGGAGCGGUCGCGCUUCUACGCCGCGCAGGUCGCCUGCGGCCUAGAGCAUCUGCACAAAAUGGGCAUUGUUUACAGGGAUUGCAAACCGGAGAAUAUUCUCCUAGAUGACGCAGGCCAUGUGCGAAUCUCGGACCUGGGGCUGGCCGUCGACGUGCCCGAGGGCGGUAGCGUGCGCGGGCGCGUCGGCACUGUCGGAUACAUGGCGCCCGAGGUGAUAGACAACGAACGUUAUACGUUCUCACCGGACUGGUUCUCAUUCGGGUGUCUGGUGUACGAGAUGAUAGAGGGUCGGGCGCCCUUCCGCGCGCGCAAGGAGAAGGUCAAACGGGAAGAGGUUGACCGGAGAGUCAAGCACGAGGCGGAGAAGUACUCGGCCAAGUUCAGCGAGUGCGCGCGCGCGCUGUGCGGCGCGCUGCUGGCCAAGAGCGCGGCGGCGCGCCUCGGCUGCGGCGCGGGCAAGCGCGGCGCGGGCGCCGUCAAGCAGCACCGCUUCUUCAGCCAGCUCAGCUGGGCGCGCCUGGAGGCCGGCAUGGUGGACGCGCCCUUCGUGCCCGACCCUCACGCAGUGUACGCGAAAGAUGUCCUCGACAUCGAGCAGUUCUCCACGGUGAAAGGCGUGAACCUCGACGCGGGAGACGACACCUUCUACGGCAAAUUCAACACUGGCUCCGUCUCCAUUCCUUGGCAGACGGAGAUGAUCGAGACUGGGUGCUAUACGGAAUUGAACGUAUUUUCUAGAGGCGAAGACGGCCGCGAAUCGGAGACGCUGGACCUGCAGCUGGUGCCGACGCCUCCGCAGCCCGACGAGGAACAAGGCUGCUUCGUCUUCGCCAGACGGACGCUGUGUCCGCAGAAGAAGGUCCCCGCGCGGCUGCGGCCGGUGCCGGUGCCCGAGUACCUGCUGCAGGCCACGUCGCCGCCGCCGCACGCGCCGCGGCUCAGCUGACCGCCAACGCCCACGCCCGCGCCCCACUCGCACUCGCCGACCACCUAACUCGCCGUUGGACGUGCCCACGAAUCGACCUUCCCUAUAGUAUGUACACACUCGAUGAACGUUUGUACGCCUUUAUGAACCGUCACGUCCAUCUUCGGACCGAGAAAUUUGGACAAAGUUGCGAAUAUCAACACUUUCGUAUUUAUCACACGUGGAUUGGACGCAAAUACGGUUUCUUCUGUAUAAACGAACGUUAAAUAAAGUUAAGAACGCAAUCACGUACGAAUUAUUCUGUCAGAGGGUAUUUGGACAAAGUUACAAGUAAAAUAUGUGAAUCACCCUGUCCAUACGUUUUGUACCUAUGCACAAAACAAAUUUUUGGGUACAAUCAUAAAUCAUUUGUUAAAUAACUGGAACGUGUCCAAGUACAUUAAUUUACUCAUGUGUUUUGUACCCAAUAGAAUAAAAUAAUGUAAUAUACCGAUUGGCGCCGUUUCUAUACAAUCGUACAAGUGUAUAAUCAACAUAAUAUAGGUAUCGUCAAGAGAUUGUUAUAUUUCUGAAAUGUCACAAUAGCUUUUUAAAAUGGCUGAAGAAAACGAAUGGAACGAAUGGAUUUGAGUCUCUUAAAUUACGAAAAAGUAACUUUGUAUAUAAUUGAUGGAAAGAUUUGGGCAAAACUAUGCAAGCUAUAUGCGUCUCUUUCUUACUUAGCGAAAAGAUGAGAAGCAUAAUAGUUACUGUUGAUGUUUGUAUUUAAUUAAUUACAGUACCUAUUUUGCUUCUCUACAAGUAUAUUUUUUUAAUAAUCUUUUA